UGGUGGGCGCAAUUUAAGUUAAAACUUUUAUUUAAAUGGAAUCUUCGUCGCGCCAAUUGCACUCCGCUGUUUUUGGAAUAUGCGGCUUCGAGGCGGAGACCCUGGUGGAGAUCUCUGGUCCGGGGGACAGCGGCAAGAGCCUGGUGCUCCAGCAGCUGAUGGCCCACUGUUUGGCGCCCUACGAAUUCGGUGGCCGCCAGUGGAGCGUCCUCCUGAUCAGCCUGAGUCACAAAAUCACCCGCGAGUCCCUGACCAGGUGCCUCAAAGCGGAGCUCCAAGCGGCCGAGGAGGAGAAGCCGCCGGAGGAUGAGGAGCAGCUGGCCAGGAUUGCCGCCGAUUGCUUGAAACGCGUGCGAUUCCUCAACUGUUUCACCGCCGACGACGUGUCCACGGCCCUCAUCGAUGCCCGCUAUGCGAUCGUCAAUGAUCCCGGCAUCCAGCUGAUUGCCCUCGACACCCUCAGCGAAUUCUACUGGCUGGACUUCCCGAAGCGGACCCACAAGUUGUCCAAGUUCCGCCACUACCGGCUGUGGCAGGCGCGUCUGGAGAAGCUCUGCCAGGAGGCCAUCGUCUGCGGCAUGUACACCGUGGACGAGGGUUACCUGGAGAACCGCCAUGGCGAACAGCUGCCGGCGGUCGGGAUAAGCUACCCGGUCAGGAUGCAGAAGAUUUUGGGGAGGCUCACCCUGAACGGAUUGCCACUGGCCUUUGCAAACGGCGGAGUUCAUCUAGGCGAUGGCUAACAAGUUCCGAAAUGGUUAUUCACCUCUUUUUUCGGAGGUUUCUCGGAGUUCUAUUCCAACCAUCAAUAGAAAUUUCAAUCGUCUAUCGUUAGUAUAGGUUUCUGU